UUAGUUGUUUUUUUCUUUUCAAAAACUAUCUAAAAGACUUCUUUUUCUUAAUGUACAUAAUUACAUUUAAAUGUACUCAUUGAAGUAUAGCUUCUUAAAGAGUUAAGUGUUAAUUAUAAAUUCUAAGAGUUGUUUAAUUGAUUUUUUGAAAAUAUAUUGAUCUUAAGGAGAGAGAAAUUACUUUUUUUUCGUUCGGGUUGUUUUCUGAUAAUAUAAACAUUUAAUUAACAUUGACAAAAAUGACAACUACAAUGGAUUUGAGAAAGAUGUCUGAAAAGGAUAUUGAAGAAAAUCUUAAGGAAAUUCUCGGCAAGGAAUCGAGAGAAGAAAGAAAAGCAAAUGGACGCUUGGUUGCAGUUAUUGUUGCAUCUUUUGUAAUCUUUUUGGCUAUUUACCACGCUUGGAUAAGAAAAACCACUGUAUUAGCAGGUAUUUUAGUACCAGCUCUUAUAAUGAUCCUUUAUGGUGGUUGGGUAGUAAUAUUGGCAAAACGUGAUAAAAGAAAACGUCAAUUAUUUGAAAAGAAAAUCGAAGAAGUAGCUCGAGCUCAAAAACUCCACAAAGCUGAAUUGGGAGAAACCAAAAGAAAAUCAUCUAAAGCCUCAACAACUUCAAGUACUUUAAAGCUAUCAACUAAAGAUGAAAAACACCCAACAACUAAAGAAAAAAAGACGACUUCCAAGAAACAAAAAAAAGACAUCUCAUCAACAAAUAACAAAGAACCUUCUUCCAAGACAUCAUCCAAAUCUGCUGCAAAGACUUCGAAAAGUUCAAAGACCACUUCAAAGCCUCACAAUAUGAAGCUAAAACCAAAACGUGAGAGCUUACGACACAAACUUUGCCGUCAAAAUGCUGUUAUAGAAACUCCAACCGCCAAAAUCGUGAUAUCCUGCAAAGAAGAACGAAAAAAAGCGCCAUUUGUUAGAACUUCAUCUGCACCAUAAGUUUAGGAAUUUUAUUUGAUUUAGGCGUAGAUGUAUUUAUUUAUUGUUUUUUUGUUGUUUUUAUAUAGAUUUUUUAUACGAAUAUUUUAUAUUACAUGUGUACAU